CAAGAAGCACCCUCAAUGUUCGAGAUGCAUAAGCAAAUCCAUCGAAUGCCAAUACCCUGUAAAAACAUCUAAAGCCAAAAGGCUAGAGAUUCGGAAAGGACAUGAUGGCCCCGCUGGGCAAGACGAAAUGGCACCUCCGUCGACGGUCCCGCCCUCCAUUAUGGACAACCCUAAAGACUUAAGCCAUGGUAGCGGAAACAACCUCGACAUCGCACUCACCUCGCCAGAUUCCGAAUUGGUGGGUCUUGGAGAAGAGUAUCCCGAGUGGGAUCCCACUAUUGGUUUCAUCGACUUCUUACAUACACAGACGAAUGAUUCUUAUCUGCCCCAGGCGUCGUCGUCGUCGUCUUCCGGUUGUUGCUCGACACCUUCGAUAGAACAGGCGAUUGGGUUGCAACACGGUCUCUCCUCCGCAAGUUAUUCGAUACCAGCAACACCAAAUUGGAGCGUCCGAUCGCUGAUCCAACGACCAAGAGUUCAAACCGGGACGCAGAGGAUACCAAAACUGAUUUUCCACACACUAAAGUCCUAUCCGCUGAUGAUGAUGCGCUAUAACACUCUUCCGCCCCUUAUUCACCCCAGUUUAGUAUCCGCAGAUGUCGAAAAUGCUCACAUGGAGCCCUUGACGAAUUGUAUUAGUCUGGUGCAUAUGAUUGGUAACGGAAUACAGGGGAGCCGAAAACUGUUCUGGCAAAAUGUGCGACGCGAAUGCGAACGAUUUUCUGAUGAGCAUCAAAACUUCAAUAGAUGGGAACUACUUGCAGCCAUGCAAGCACUCACCAUCUAUGUCCUCCUACGGUUGGAUGAGGGCGAAACCGACCACAAUAACUUCGACUUUUUGUUGGUAAAAGCUGUAGUUAUAAUAGCCCAACAAAUAAGUCGCAGCGAUAUCAUAUGCCACACGCAGUGCGCGCUCUGUAAUAACGGGCUAGAGACAAGCUGGAAAGAGUGGGUCUUCAGGGAAUCAAGACGAAGACUAGCCGUGGUAUACCGAGUAGUCAACAUGCUUAUUUACUUUGAGCCAGCGGCCAUGUGCGAUCUCCCAUCAGACUUUGCCCUGGCACCAUUACCAGCAAGGAAGCAACUAUGGGAAGCGGGCGACGAAUUUGCAUGGAAGUUAGAAAGCCAGAGGGAUUCUGGGAUCCAAGUUUCCUUCGGAUUGGCCGCUGACGGUGAGAUAGUCAAACUAGACGAGAGUCAGCUCUCAUGCGGCGAUGCGUGGUUAUCCCGUCAGUCCAUAGACGCUAAAACUCCAUCGAGGAGUACUGCGAGUUGGGAGGAGUGGUGCUCAGGGAUAGAUGGGUUCGGGGGAUUGGUAAUGCUGGCUGCUUCCCUCAUAGUGUAGGGUUUAACCAUGUCGGCCGAAUAAUGAAUGCCAUGGGGCGGGGCCUACCUAGGUACUUAGCUGACACGAUGGCUUUUAGAAACAGUAAACUAAAUGAAUAGCCCCGUGAAAACCGUCCAAAGGAACUUCAAGUCUUCCUUGACCAACUCAACUCUUUCUCAAAAAAAAAAAAGAAAAAAAUACCACUUCGGACGAGAAAC